AUGGCGAGCCUGAAGGCCAACAAGCUGGCCAAGCCAAACACCGGGUUGGCCAAAAUCCGCAGCGCGACGCUAAACGUUCCUUCCAAUGAAGAGGAAAUCCACGUCUACGGCUAUGGCCAGUUCCAGAGGAUGGUGCUGCUCUGCUCUAUCGUCUCGUUCUUUAUGAAUGUAGUCCACAGCCAGACGCUCCACCUCAUGUCGCGUCCUGUGGCCCAUUGGUGCAAGCCCCCCGACGAGUACGCCGGCUUGUCCGCGGACGAGUGGAAGAACACGAGCAUCCCCAUGGACGUGGACGGACGAUUCAGCAGCUGCAGCCGCUACGAACCGCCCAUGCCAACGCCCGCGGACAACAAGACCGAGGUCAGCUGCGACCGCUGGGACUACGACAGCGAGGUUGGCGCCACUAUCGUGAGGGAUUUCAGCCUCGUCUGCGACAGAAAGUGGCUGCUCCGGGCGCUCCGGUUCGUGUACUCACUCGGCGGAUCGGUGCUCCUGCCAAUGAUGGGCUCAGCAGCCGACAAGUACGGGCGCAGGGCAGUCCUCGGCCUAACGCUGUUCGGCCUGGUCUUGUCCGGCGUGGUCACGUCUCUGGUGAAGACACUGCUCGAAUUUGCGGUGCUGCAGCUUCUCACGUCUGCAUCAAUCACCACGUUUCAGGCUAUCAGCACCGUGCUGCUCUUCGAGGUGACUCCGAAAGACCACCGGAUGCUCUUCUGCAUGCUUAACAUCUGCAUACCCCUGGUGCUCGGUACGGUGGUGCUCGGCCUUGUAGGCACGAGCUCGAUGCACUGGACGGCAAUGCAGCUUGUUGUGAUAUCACCCACCCUACUGCUGCUGCUGACCUACCACCAAACGGAUGAGUCUCCGCGCUGGCUGAUCACUUCGUGGAAGUUCAAGGAUGCCGAGCGGGUUAUCCUCUGGGCGGCUAGGAAGAACGGACUCCGGAACCUGGACAGGGUACGCUCAGCGUACUUUAGGGUCAAGGAGAGCGCCGUCUCGCGUGAAGGGUUCACCACCAGGCCCACCAUCUUCAACAUCGUUAGCUCGCCCCGGUUGCGUUCCCAAUCGCUCAUCGUUUUUGGUGGUUGGUGGGUCAUCUUCAACUGCUACUACACCAUAGCUCAAUACAAAUCUUUCGGAGGCGGUGCCGUCUCCUUCUACAUAAUGAUCGGGAUCGCCAACAUGUUCAUUCAGGCCGUCAACUACUUUGUCCUGAGGGGCUACGGGCGCCGAAAGCCGAUGUCGGCCUACAUGCUGGGGCUGUCGGUGCUGCUGACGUCACUGGUGGCAUUGGUGGCUCUGGGGAUGGAGCUGGCGUUCGCGAAAGUCGCGGUCCCGACCGCCUUCCUGGUGGAAGUGGCGUUCACAACCAUGUUUGUGUUCACCGUCGAACUCUAUCCGACAGCGGUGCGCAGCGCUGGCGUGUGCGGCGCUUUCCUGUUCGGGCGCCUAGGCAGCGUCUCAGCGUCGCUUUUUAGCGACCUGCGACUCCUGGGUCCACCGAUGGACAGGUUGAUUCCCAUGCUCGUCAACGCGGUCGUGUUCUUUACAUUAGGUUUGCUGGUCCUCUCGUUGCCAGAGACGUUGGCGAUGAGUGAAACCGACAAGGGCCAACAGGCUGGGCAAGAGGACAAGUGGAGAUUCGACUCGCCGCUGAAGCGGAAGAAGAAGAGCAGACAAGUUCCCAGAAAACCCAUCGCUCGAAAACUUGACCGAUAG